UGAAAACCCUAACUUGUUUUUUUGGCAAAAUAAGUUAUCAUUUUAUUUUAUUAAUCUCCUUAAUUAUACAGGCCGAUUUGUAUAAACGAUUAAUUCUGCUGUUUUUGCCAUGUUAGGGAAUGUUAUUUACUAAUAAAAUCGUGUUUAUCGUUUUGUGAUUUUCAGCACGCUUUUGUUUUCAAUCAUGAAUGAAAAACCUAUUUUAAAUCUCUGAAAUAAGUUAUCACCUUCUGAUCUCAAAAGUUAUACUUUUGGUUUUUUUUCUGGAAAAGAGGAGGGCUUUUUGCGGUGUUAAUUGUUUUUGAAGAGGAUGGAUUCUCAAAUUGCAUCUGAUAAGUCAGAAACAGGAUGUGGCUAAUUUCUCUUCUUUUCCUCUUGUUUUCCCUUUGCUUGUCAAAUUGAUUAAGUGCAAUGAGUUAUCUAUUGUUUUCUUUUCUGCUGAUCAGGUUUUGGUUUCUUUAAUUAAUUUAGAAAACUAUUUAUCUCUACCAUCGUUUUGUAUAUUUAAUUAAUUCUGCUGUUUUAUUUUCCAUGUUAGGUAAUGUUAGUGUUUUUAAUUUAGUGAUUUUCAGCAUUUUUUGUUUUCAAUCAUGAAAACCCUAAUUUAAAUCUCUGAAACAAGUUACCAUAUAUAUAUAUUUGGCAAAGAGGAGGACUAUGUUAAUUAUUUCUGAAGAGGAUGGAUUCCCAAAUUGCAUCUGAUAAGUUAGAAACGGUAAGAGUAGUCACGGGGCUAAUUUCUUCUUCCUUUUUGUUUUCCCUUUGCAGAGGGGGACUGAUGGCUACCUCUUUAGAUGGAAAAGCAGGUGAGAGCAAGAACUGCAGCUGUGCUCGUUUUCUUUGUUCAAGUUUACCAGAUGAUGUGCUGGUUGACAUCCUCUGUCGGGUUACUGAUCGCAAGCAUCUCAUUAGACUUAAAAGUGUUUGCAAAUGUUGGAACAAUCUGAUUACUGAUGCUUGUGUUCCAAAAAUCUCAGACUCUUCACCUCUUCGUGGCUUUAUUUACCAUGCGUUGAGGGUCAGAAGCGGGAAAACAUACAUUGAUUAUAUCCCCUGCGCCAUGACUCCAGCAGUUGCACCGGAACCACAUGAAUUUGUCAAGUCCUAUUCUUCGUUGUUGCCUUUUGAACCUGCCCGGGGUGAUUUCCUUGAUUGUUGCAAUUGUUUGCUUUUGUUUGUUGAGGGUUCUAUUUCACAGUACUAUGUUUGCAAUCCUGUGACAAAACAGUGUGUGGCGAUUCCUAGAGAUUUUAUGCUCGAAAACAUAUGUUCUGCAGCCCUGGCAUUUGAUCCUUUCAAAUCACCUCACUACAAAGUUGUUUGCUUUGAUUAUUCAGAGCCCAAGCCCCCCCCAAAGAUUGCGCGUGUUCUCAUCAGAGACUAGCAGUUGGACUAUCCAAGAAACCCCUUUUGGAUAUGGAUCUAAGAAGUCUAAAUUGGCCAAGCAUUGUAUUUACUUGGAUGGAGUGUUGUACCGUGAAUCUGCCUCAAAACAGAUUGACUUAAAACGACUUUAUGUUUUGAUCUUAACAGAGGAAAUUCUCGUGCCAUUGAGCUUCCAGAGAAGGAGAGACUUGCUCCCAAUAACAAUGGAUGCAUUAGGCUAUCGAGGCGCCAUUUAUGUUAUUCCGAUCUUGUUGGAACUGCAUUUUACUUUUGGUUGCUUAAGGAUCGUUGCAAGAAUGAUAGAUGGACUCUGAUUCACAAUUUCAAUGUUGAUUAUUUGGGAAAACACGUGCAUCGGCUGGAUAGGAUUACUAUUGCCAGAUUUGGUAAAAUUUCAGCUUUGAGGCCCUUUGCUUUGCAUCCAACUUCUGAAGUUAUCUUCUUUGGGACUCGGGGUGCUAUGCUCAGUUAUCAUCCCAAAGACAAAAGGGUGGAAUUGAUUUAUAGAAGAAAGAAAGACAGGCAAAUAAUUAAGGGGCAGAUCUCAGUCUUUCCAUACACACUAUGCCUGGUGAAUUUGAAAGAUUUUGGUCAAUUGGAUUGCAGUUUGAGCCAGCCAUGAGUAGCCAGCCCAAUUCUUUUGUCUCACUAGAUGAUAUUUUCUGUAUCCUCGUUUUCUUUUAAUACCAUUUAUGUUAUUGAUGGAACAUUAUUAUCUACCGUAGUCUCCUACAAUUCAAGCUGUAGAAGUUUUGGUUAUUCAGUUAA